AUGUCGCCGCCAUCGCCGCCCACUACGUCAUCGGCCGGCCCGGCUACCAGUACCUCCAACCAACCCUCGCCCGCCUCCGGCUCCGGCUCCACCGGCCCCGUCCGCCGGCGCCCACGCCGCAACUACCAGGCCUGCCUCGCAUGCAAAGAGCAGAAGAUCCGCUGCCAACUGGGAUCGCCAGACGAUCCGCAGCCGCCGUGUGCGCGGUGCCGGCGGUCGAGGUUGGAUUGUGUUUUUGGGCCGCCGAGGACGGGGGGCGUGGGUGGGAGGGGGACGAGGAGGAGGGGGAGGACGAGGGGAGGAGGGGGGGAUGAUGAGGCAGCGGAUAGCGGUCAUCCUCUCGGGCCGCGCGGCGGCGAUCCCGUGCCGAGUGACGUGCCGUCGGUGGGCGUGCAUGCUUCGGCGGCGGCGGGAGAGGCGGCGGCGGCGGCGAAUGGCAGCGCUGCCGUGCCUGGGGACGACGGGCAGGCUCGGCCUAUGCCGGGACGCCAGCAACAACCGACGGCGGCAGCGAACGCUGCAACCGCGUCUUCUACGAGCACGGCUACGUUUCGCGAGUAUCACACCGCGUCGUCAGCGGGCCGGAGCCCUUGGGAUGCCGCUGCCAUCUCAGGCACGCUGCGGUCACGGGAUCUCUCUCCCUGGGCGCAGUUCCCGCUGUGCAGGGAUGGAUGGAUGAGUCCGCAGGAGGCUGAGUUUCUGCUGCAAUGCUACUUUGAUCGAAUGCAGCCGCUCUACCCCGUCGUGGAUGAGACGUACCAGGACAGCGAGCGCCGGCAUGUCCUGGUUGUCAACGAGCCGGUACUGUGCACCGCUAUCCUUACCGUUACCUCGCGGUAUGCUUGGCUGGAUGGCACGCCUGCAAGUUCUCGCGCACACGAGAUCCACAGUCUGCUGUUCAAGCAGGCGCAGCAGAGCAUCCACCAGUCAUUGUGGGGCGUUGAGAAUGAUGUUGGGCGUGAAAGCCGCAUGCUGUCUAUUAUAGAGAGCAUACUUUUGCUUGUUGAAUGGCGGCCACGGCCGUUGGACGUAAUGCCCAACCAGGGCAUGGUUGCGGGCACUGCGUACAUGUUUGGCGUAGAUGCCGGCGAUCCAGGCACUGCCCAGAACUCGGUCAUAGAUGACGAGACGCACAAAGCCUACAUGCUCGCCCGCCGCAUAAACGCAACCUCUUGGCGCCUACUUGGCCACGCCGUCAACCUCGCCGACGAGAUCUCCCUCGUCGAAGGCCUCAGCCGCUCCCGCGAGCCCAACCCUCGCCCACCGGCCAAUAUCCGUCGCCGUGCCCGUGUCCGUGACCUGCUCAUCCCGCUUACCUGGGAGGUCUCGUUCCGGCUGGGCCGCAGCUCCUUCCUCAAGCUACCCACGCCGACGGCCUCCGCUGCAGAGGAGUACACCGACGAAAGCGUAUACGCGGCGCUGCUCAAUACCAGGGCGGAAUUGUACCGGCUGGCCCGGCUCGUUGAGAACACGCUGUACGCGUCUGUCAGCGCGACGAAGGACAUCAUUGCGAGCGAUCGCCAUCCGGAGAUGGUGGCGAGCUUGGUGGAGAUUUUUGGUGAUUGGUGGAAUAAGUUCCAGCGCGUGGGAGGGCCGUUUGCGUUCAGGAAGACGCUCGAGAUCCAGUAUCACAACGUCUGGACCUACAUGCAUGCCAUUUUCUUCCAAGCGAUUAUCGAGCGCCUGCGGGGCUUUUCGACGCGCGAGCCGGACAUCCGGCACUUCGAGCGAUCUUAUCGGCCGCAGGGGCUGAGCAUCGCGGAGGUGCUGCGCUCGGAGCGGAGCCGCAGAGACCUCCAGAUGACUGAAGAAAUCGCAAAAGCCAGCGUCCAGGUCCUAGAGCUCGUCCUGGACCUCGAGCGCGAAGGCUAUCUCGGCUUCCUCCCGUUCACAACCAUGACAUGGGUCUUCACAUCGGCUACGCUGCUCUUGAAGGGAACCGGCUUACGCGCAUCCGCCGCCGACCUCGGCACCACGGAUCUCUUGAAACGCGCCUCGCGCUCCCUCGACCGGGCCGUCGUCGAUGAUGUGCAUGCCAUGUCGCACCACACGUCCAGCCUGAUGUCUCUCAUCCACAAGGUCCAGAGCGGCCCCCCUGCCACCGGCGCCGCCACCACCACAUCGACCUCCCGGCCAACAGCGCAGAGUGGUGACAGCGUAAAUAGGGCGGCGGAUGCCACUGGUGCACCGCAGCCUGUUCCUGACGCCGCCACGUCCGCUGCUGCUAAUUUGCCGCCAAUGGAUGUUGCGAAUUCUGGCGCCGGCGAGGCACCAACUCAGGAACAGGGAAUGUUUGCGGGGUCGGCAACGGCAGCGGCCGGUGGUAGUGGUGGGGGGCUUUUCGACCCCAUGUUUAAUGCGGAUGCCUUGGCUGAGGAUUGGGCGAACUGGUUGAGCGUGGGUCUGGAUGGGAUGGACGGCGGCUCUUUCGGUUUCGACUUUUAUCCCGGCGCCGGAUCUGGAGACUUCUCCGCGCCGUGGUAG